AUAUCCAACAACCUAAAUUCAGCAAAUAGCAACAACAAGAGUAGUUAGUUAUCAAUGGAGAAAGUUCAAGUGUUUGGUCUGGCUAUGAUAUUGGUUAUCGCCAUAGGCGUCGAGGUUAGUGAUGCGCAAUCGAGCAUAUGUAAUGUGCCUAUUUCUGGGCUGAUGGCAUGCCAGGGUGCGGUGACUCUUCCGAACCCAUCCGCGCCAACAAGGGCAUGCUGCUCGGCGAUCACUCGAGCUGACAUUCCCUGCCUUUGCAAGUACAAGAAUUCAAGCUUGCUUCCUACCUUUGGAAUUGAUCCAAAUCUUGCCUUGCAGCUUCCUGCCAAGUGCAACCUUCCUGCUCCCAAUUGCUAGAUCCAUCGCUCAUAAUUACCUUUUCUAAAAGUUUGAAUAAUAAAGUAUGUGGUAUAAAUAUUGUUGUUCUAAUAUAAUCCUAUCCCCACUUUGUUGUAAUACUUAAGAGUAAUAAUACAAUCUAUGUUUAUGUUA